AUGCGCACCUUUCUCCCUAUGUUACCGCCCGAGCUCCGCAACGAAGUCUACAGCUACCUCUCAGCCCACGAGACCUCCACGACAAGCAAUGCCGGCCUUCCUCUACAGCUCAAGAGCUAUUCGUGCAAGCAUACCCUCGUCCAAAUCUGUCCGGUCCAUUCAGGCUCCACGGGCCUCCUAGCACUCCAGCACUACAAUUUCCUCGAAGCACACGAAUAUCAGACUUGGCUUCUCAACAACGCCGUCACAGUACGGCUGGGUGUUGUCUUCAGGGGUCGCGUUAACACAUUCGUCCAAGAACACUGGGACAAGAAGAUCGAGACCCAUAUCCACAAACUGGCAAAGCAGCACCCGUGGUUGAAGAAGGUGGCCAAGUACGACAUCCAGAUCUUGUGGGACGCUCCAGACGGGGUGCUGAAAAGCAAGAACAACAGGAGAACUGCCGGUCAGAUACCGCGGGCCAUGACGCGAACCCUGACAGCGCUGAUGGACGAGGAUACUAGGAAGAGCCAGGGGGGUGUAUCGGUCAAGCUACGCCUCGAGCACCAUGUUGCUGGUGUGGCAAUCCGUUCAGCACCGCGGUUUGGACUCGGCAGCUUCAUGGCGCUGGCAACGGACUCAGGUUGCCGAUCGCAGACAAUGGAGAUCUGGAAGGAGCCGUGUCCCAGGGUCCUGCCCCGCAAGUCUGCGCGACUGACGCCAGUGGUGAAGCAUGAGGAGAAAGUGCUGUUGAAGUUUGAACAUGGUCGCGUGGCCUGGGUAGACAGGGGGCAGGGGACAUUGGUGAUGAAGAAAAUCGCUGUUUCAGAGAAGACGACAAGUGCUUCGUUCAUGGACACAGGGAUAGCGUACGACUCGCCAACCGAGUUCAUGCUGUUAGAGCUGCUUGAAGACUGCUAUGGGAGAAGGUGA